AAGAAAAUGCAGAGGUGACCCUGGAUGUGUCGCUGGCGUAUCGUGAUGACACAUUUGGUGACUGGGAAGAAAUAGCGCAUGCCAUAGAGAUCAGAAAGCUGAAAUGCACCUUUGGCUCACCAAAAAUUCCAGACUCCGAAGGCCGUCACUAUGACUGCGACUUCCUGCCCUUCAUGGAGAUUGGCAGCGUGGCCCACAAAUACUACCUCAUCAACAUCCGUCUGCCUGUCAACGAGAGGAAAGGCAUCAACGUGGGCAUUGGGGAGAUCAAGGACAUCCGUCUGGUGGGCAUCCAUCAAAACGGAGGCUUCACAAAGGUGUGGUUUGCCAUGAAGACCUUCCUCACCCCCAGCAUUUUAAUCAUCAUGGUCUGGUACUGGAGAAGGAUCACACUGAUGACUCGCGCCCCUGUCCUGCUGGAGAAGGUCAUCUUUGCUUUGGGAAUCUCCAUGACGUUCAUUAACAUCCCUGUGGAGUGGUUCUCCAUUGGGUUUGACUGGACAUGGAUGUUGCUCUUCGGAGACAUUCGACAAGGCAUCUUCUAUGCCAUGCUUCUGUCGUUCUGGAUCAUCUUCUGCGGGGAGCACAUGAUGGACCAGAACGAGCGAAAUCGUCUCUCAGGGUACUGGAAGCAGGUUGGACCCAUAGCCGUUGGCUCCUUCUGCCUCUUCAUCUUUGAUAUGUGCGAGAGGGGUGUGCAGCUGAAGAACCCUUUCUACAGCAUCUGGACCACUGAAGUGGGCACGGAGCUGGCUAUGGCCUUUAUUAUCGUCGCGGGAAUCUGCUUGUGUCUCUAUUUUCUCUUCCUGUGUUUUAUGGUCUUCCAAGUGUUCAGGAACAUCAGUGGGAAGCAGUCAAGCCUCCCAGCCAUGAGCAAGGCUCGCCGCCUUCAUUACGAGGGGCUGAUAUUUAGGUUCAAGUUCCUGAUGCUCAUUACCCUGGCUUGUGCAGCAAUGACCGUCAUCUUCUUCAUCGUCAGCCAGGUGACCGAGGGCCACUGGAAGUGGGGGGACAUGACAAUCCAGGUGAACAGCGCCUUUUUCACCGGCAUCUACGGGAUGUGGAACCUCUACGUCUUCGCCUUGAUGUUCCUCUAUGCGCCGUCACACAAGAACUAUGGUGAUGACCAGUCCAAUGGUGACCUGGGAGUGAACAGCGGGGAGGAGCUCCAGCUCACCACCACCAUCACCCAUGUGGACGGCCCAACCGAGGUUUACAAGCUGGCUCGCAAGGAGGCUCAGGAGUGA